CUGUCCACGCGCGCGUGUGUUUUUUAAAGUUCUGCCUGCAGUUUCAAAUUUUAAAACAAAAUUUCCAUUUAAAUUACAACCAAAAAACGACCAUGGAACUCCUCUCGGACGAAGGUCUCCGGCUGGACGGCCGGCGGUCCAACGAGCUGCGCCGCAUACAGUGCAAGCUGGGCGUGUUUAGCCAGCCGGACGGAAGUGCGUACGUCGAGCAGGGAAACACCAAGGUGCUGGCCGCGGUUUACGGCCCGCACCAGGCGCCGGCCAAAAAGAGCAACCACGAGGAGUGCGUCGUCAACUGCCAGUACAGUAUGGCCACAUUUUCCACGGGCGAGCGAAAGAAGCGCCCGCGCGGAGACCGGAAGAGCCAGGAGAUGACGAUCCAUCUGCAGCAGGCGCUGAGUGCGGCAAUCAAGACGGAUUUGUACCCGAAGAGCCAGAUCGAUGUGUACAUCGAGGUGCUGAUGGCCGAUGGUGGGAACUAUUGUGCCUCGGUGAAUGCGGCCACGCUGGCGCUGAUCGAUGCGGGGAUUUGUCUGAAGGAGUACGUUUGUGCGUGUACGGCGUCGCUGGCGGGGAAGGUUCCGCUGAUGGAUGUUUCGAACCUGGAGGAGAUGAGCGGUGGGCCGACGCUGACGGUGGCUUCGUUGCCGAACAGCGGGAAGAUUGCUUUCAUGGAGAUGUCUCAGCGUUUUCACUUGGACCAUUUGCCAAAUGUGCUGGAAACGGCACUGCAAGGUUGUCGGGAGGUUCAGAAGAUUAUCGAUCAGGCGGUGCGGGACCACGUGACACAGCUGGGUCAGGCUGGGGAUUGGGGGACGGUUGCGAAAUAAAAGAAUGCAUACACAAUCGGA